UCAAUUCAACAGAAGUUUCCUUGCUGCCUUUGAAUUCUUUGGAGCGAGCACAUGAAGUCAAGGACUCUUACGAUGGGAGCGCCUGCUGGUUCUACCAUAGUGAAAUGGCUGGCUUGGGUGCCCUUGCUAUGCUCCUUGGCAGUCGCACAACUACACGAAGAUCCCACCCUGGAUCACCACUGGCAUCUCUGGAAAGAAACCUAUGGCAAACAGUACAAGGAAAAGAGUGAAGAAGCAGUACGGCGUCUCAUCUGGGAAAAGAAUCUAAAAUUUGUGACACUUCACAAUCUGGAACAUUCAAUGGGGAUGCAUUCAUAUGAUCUAGGCAUGAACCACCUGGGGGACAUGACCAGUGAAGAAGUGAUGUCUUUGAUGAGUUCCCUGAAAGUUCCCAGCCAGUGGCAGACAAAUGUUACCUACAAGUCAAACCCUAAUCAGAAAUUGCCUGAUUCUCUGGACUGGAGAGAGAAGGGCUGUGUUACGGAGGUGAAAUACCAGGGUUCUUGUGGUGCUUGUUGGGCUUUCAGUGCCGUGGGAGCGCUAGAAGCACAACUGAAGCUGAAAACAGGAAAGCUGGUGUCUCUGAGUGCACAGAACCUGGUGGAUUGUGCAACUGAUAAAUACGGGAAUAAAGGCUGCAAUGGUGGCUUCAUGACAGAAGCUUUUCAAUACAUCAUUGAUAACAACGGCAUUGAUUCAGAUGCUUCCUAUCCCUACAAAGCCAUGGAUGAAAAGUGUCAUUAUGAUUCAAAAAAUCGAGCUGCCACAUGUUCAAGGUACACAGAACUUCCCUCUGGCAAUGAAGAUGCCCUGAAAGAAGCUGUUGCCAAUAAAGGACCUGUGUCUGUGGCUAUAGAUGCAAGUCACCCUUCCUUCUUCCUCUACAGAAGUGGUGUCUAUGAUGACCCAGCCUGUACUCAGAAUGUGAAUCAUGGUGUGCUGGUGGUUGGCUAUGGUAACACUAAUGGGAAAGACUACUGGCUUGUGAAAAAUAGCUGGGGCCUCCACUUUGGUGAACAAGGAUAUAUUCGAAUGGCAAGAAAUAGUAAAAAUCAUUGUGGAAUUGCUAGUUAUUGCUCUUACCCAGAUAUGUAAAGGAGUUCUUCAUUUUACAAACCAAUAAGAUGAACUGUUCUCUUAAUUUUACCUUCUGUAUCCAGAAGAAAUAAAUGUGUCAUAAUCAAUGUAUAUUAAACCAUA